AUGGACCGAGAAGGAUCGAAAUUCCCGCAGGAAUUAUGGCUCGAAAUCUGCAAUCUCCUAGAGAGUGAAUACAUCAACACUGAUGCCAAGGACGACGGCGCUCAAGGCAUUGUAAGUGGACUGUCCAGUCUGAGCCGAGCAUGUCGCGGCCUUCUUCAAAUCCUCCAGCCGGUACUCUACAAGACACCAGUGCUCAUUGGCGUCCGGUCGUUGGAGCUCUUUUUCCGAACGAUCGUGGAGCAAGAAAAUCUCGCCUCGUUGGUGCAGACAGUUCGAUGGUACGAAGGAGAAGAAAGCGAGGUAGAUCGGCUGAUUGAGGAGGAAAACCUCCAGUACCGGUCAUACCGUAUGGACGAAGAUGAAACGGAAAAUGAAAAAUGUUUCGACUGGGGUAGUGAAUUCAAGGACAAGUACAAUGCCAAGCUGCAUCUACUAAGAUUCGACCUGUACGAAAAUACCACCCGAGGAUCCAUUGAAUAUAUGCACCAGUAUCCUCAAAUAUUACCACUUUUUCUUCCGAACCUCCAAGCUUUGGACUACCGACACGAUCCGCGGACACACGGCUUCUCGGUUCUUUCGAUUUACGAGUACCGCAGUCAGCAGGCAUUACCGGGCCUAAGGCAUCUCAAUGUCCGCGCAGGGCCCAGGGAUAACUUCAACUUGGGUAGUUAUGCGACAAUUUUCCGUCUGUCGCGAGACACUCUCGAGCACCUGCAUUUCGAGUGGCCGUUCAAUGUCAACGAAGUUGGGACAUGGCCGCCAGAGCCCGAAUUUCAUCACCUCAAGACGCUCAGCGUUCAUCAAGGUUGCCUAGGUACUGAUUCCUUUCGGGAUCUCUUGUUCCACUCUCCAAGCCUCGAGGAAUUUGUGUACCGCUCUGCCCGUGAGAAGGGCGACGAUGUCGAGGUUACCGCAAUUGAUGAAGGUGACGAGGAGCAACUGACGUGGACUUCCGUACAUGAGGCCCUCUCACUAGUUCGCGAUACGCUGCGGGUGUUGGAGCUCGACCUGCACGCAAGAUUCUACAAAGGACGACUAGAAUCUAGCGCUACUUUUACCGAUUUCAAACAACUGCAUAGCGUCACUUUGAGCCAAGAUAUGCUCUCAGAGGGAAGCGAUAUACACAGCGAGGGAUCGCAGCUUUUGGUGGAAAUUCUUCCCAAGACCUUGAAGCACUUUGGGCUCACCCGCAUCACACACGAUUGUCCCGAUUCUUCCCGUUGCAUUCUAGGCUUGGCAGAAGCUGUUUGCGACGGAAAGUUUCCAGAUCUAGAGACAAUUCGACUAGACAUGAGUCAGCUCAUGGAAGGGCAAACUGAUGAGUAUCAAGGUAUGAAGGAAAUGUUUGGAUCAAGAGGCGUACGAGUAAUAUGA